AUUUUGCAUAUUUAGCCAGGCAUGUUUUCGAACUACUAGUUUGGUGGAAGGUGACGUAUUUUGUUUAGUCAGGACUGCAAGUUUAGGUCCUCUUUAAAGAUGGCUUCUUCUAAUAAGUCUGUUCUUUUUGUAUGUUUGGGUAACAUAUGUCGAUCACCAAUUGCUGAAGCAGUUUUCAGGAAGCUUGCAACAGAACGUGGUGUUGUUGACCAGUGGGUCAUAGACAGUGCAGCUGUUUCUGACUGGAAUGUGGGGCGCUUCGCUGAUGCUCGUGCUCAGAGCUGUUUAAGAAAGCAUGACAUUGAAACAGCCCAUAAGGCAAGACAGGUUACAAAUGAUGAUUUUGCUUCAUUUGAACACAUUCUUUGUAUGGAUGAGAGCAAUUUAAGAGAUUUAAACAGAAGAGCUUCCAAGGCAAAGAAUUGCAGAAGUAAAGUAGAUCUACUAGGGUCUUACGAUCCUCACAAGCAGCUUAUUAUCGAGGACCCAUAUUAUGGAGGUGAUGAAGACUUUGAAACAGUAUAUCAGCAGUGUGUUAGAUGCUGCAAAGCAUUCCUUGAAAAAAAUUCUUAGCAAUUUGCCAGCAAAGAAGAUUUCUAAUGUAUAGUAGCAUCAUACUUCAUGAAAUGUGUACAUUGUUUUUGAAAAUUUAGAAGAUAGUUUCAUUUUAAACUCAGCAGUGAUGAUUUACUGACACUGAAAAAUGCAGUUGUUUGUAAAUAGGGGGGAUUCUUUUGUCUUGAUAGUUGUUAAAUGAAGGUUUUGGAACAGUGGCAAAGUUAUGUGCUCUAAAAAACAAAAUAAAAUUUACUUUAACAUGG